AUGGGCGUGGUGCUGGGCAGCUUUGCUCCAGAUCUGUUUGCACUGAUUGCUGAUCUGGAAUUUGCCAGCGUCAAUCUUGUGGUGGCGGUAUUUAUCUGGGUAAUGAUCUAUCCAAUGAUGAUUAACGUUGAUUUCAGCAGCCUGAAAAAAGUUGGACAGAAACCAAAGGGAUUGUGUAUCACGCUUGUGGUCAACUGGCUGAUCAAGCCUUUUACCAUGGCUGCGUUGGGUGUUUUGUUUUUCGAGUACGUGUUUGUCGGCCUGGUGGACCCGGAGACAGCGAAGGAAUACAUCGCCGGCAUGAUAUUGCUGGGUGUUGCGCCGUGUACGGCAAUGGUAUUUGUCUGGAGUCAGCUGGUUAAGGGUGAUGCCAACUACACGCUGGUGCAGGUUUCGGUGAACGACAUCAUUAUGGUAUUUGCCUUUGCUCCCAUUGCAGCAAUGUUGCUGGGCGUAACCGAUAUCGUGGUGCCCUGGGAGACGCUGUUACUCUCGGUGGUGCUGUAUGUGGUGGUGCCGUUGAUUGUCGGUUACUUCACGCGGGUAUCGCUGUUAAAGGCGGGUGCGGCUAGAGUUGAAAGUUUUACUACGGCAAUAAAACCUUUUUCGGUUCUGGGACUGUUGGCCACGGUGGUUCUGUUGUUCGGUUUUCAGGCUCAGACGAUUCUGUCAGACCCACUUGUCAUUGCUUUGAUUGCCGUGCCGCUGUUGAUUCAGGGCUACGGAAUUUUUGCUGUUGCGUUUCUCUGGGCCUAUCUGUGGCGUGUUCCGUUUGCCACCGCAGCGCCUGCGGCGUUGAUUGGUACAUCAAACUUUUUUGAGUUGGCGGUGGCUGUUGCGAUCAGCUUGUUUGGGCUUAAUUCCGGCGCCGCUCUGGCAACGGUUGUGGGAGUUCUGGUGGAGGUGCCGAUGAUGUUAUCGCUGGUGGCGAUAGCCAACCGUUCCCGUAGAUAUUUCGACACAGCCGCUGAACCUCAUGGUUAG